UUUCAGAAUUAAACCCCCCAUAUUAAUGCUAGGAGACCGUGUUCUGCUUAGCAAUCGCACUCGGCCCAUAUCGAUUGGCUGCAGUUCAUCAGCGCAUCCCUCAGAAGGCUUAUGUUCUCCACGAGACCUUCCACAUACUCCGCCUGGUGUUGUCACUAAGUUGGAUGCAUAUCAACGUCAUAAAUCGACGUGGACAAUGACGGGUGAACGAUUAGUUUGUCUAUGUUGCACGAAGAAGAAUCAGUGUUUCUGCAAGAAAUGUACUCUAGAAAAAUUGAAGUUCUACUCACGUAAAGAAAAUAUAUCGAUGCGAACAAAUAGAAAACUCGAAUUGGAGAAAGAAGUCGAGGCGCUUCUGGGAGAAAUUUCUAGCCUGAGUGCCAAAAUCAAUACAACCACUGCCAAUAUCACUCUACUAAGAAAAUGGGUAGAAGAUAAGAAGCAAAUAAACAAGAUGAAAUCAGAACAACUAGGUGUUGUCAAACAGCUCAUAGUCAGCACGAGUAAGCAUGCAAAUAAAGUUUUGUCCUAUUAUGAUAAGCACGACGCAAAUGAAGCUCAUAUGCAUAAACGUAGAGCCUAUAAAGAAGGCAAAGUUGACGAGAUGAGUCGGAACCUAUCGCUCGUCCGAAAAGCUUUGUGUGGGUCUUUGUAUACUAUUUUCCCGGUGUCUGAAGUUAUUGCGCAAACUGUUCAUUCUGAUAACGGGUCUAAACGCAGCGCAGUCAAUUCAAAAGGAAAAUGGAUGGUUGUGAGCGGUCAUCAAAUUGAGGAAGGACCUAUGAUCAAGGUACGCGAUACCUAUCUGUCGGAUGCGUCACGAGAACGACUAGGAUUAGCGCUAUCGGAUUCCGUACUCAAUCUUUCACUUGAUCUACGAUCGCCUUUUGCAGCUUUACUACAUUCCAUUCAACUUGUCAAUAAUCUCGCAUCAAUUUUCGAUUAUCGGUUACCGUACACAAUAUCUCACCAUGAAAUCUCAUUACGGGAACGUUGGAGUCGAGAGCUUUUAGAUAACGAUUGGUUCAAAUUCUGCCAAUCUGUACUAGCUUUUGGUCUUUAUCUUGGCAUGCCUCCAGAAAGUCUUCAUUUCAACUGCCCGCAUUCUAACAUAAUCGAACAAGCCCGGUUUAUCAUGGAGGGUGUGACCAUACCCAAGCCUCAACCCAUCAUAAUAGCACCCAACCAUCGAUUUGAAAUCAACGAAACGUCACCACGGGUAAAUGUCAACGAUCACGAACUGAUUUCUGAUUGGGAUACCUGUGAAGAUCUUGACAUAAUACAUGCAAAGGGUCAACUAUUGUGAUUACUGUACAUAGCAUAAAUUUCCAAAUGCGAUUUUCUAUCACUUGAUCUUGCCAAAAAAA